GGCAGAGGGAGGUCAGAGGGGGAGUGGACACAAGCAGAAGAUGGCAGGAGAACAUGAUCCCAGGGUGCUGGGCCUCCCGGGUGAGGCUGGACCUCCCUGGGUGCUGCAGGGGAGGCAGAGCCUCAGAGGAGAAGGCAACAUUCGGAGGCCAGAGAUUCACUGAGAAAGACCCCGAGAUGCUCACUCAGAGCCCAAAGAGCUUUCCAGGUCCUGCAGGCUGGCUGACCCGAGUCCCCUGGAUUCUGUUGCUGCUUCUCAGCUCUUUGGGCCUCUGCUUUGUGCUCUUGGUGACCACCCUGGUUCAAGUUUCCAGGACCCCCGGAUCCCCGCAGGCAAAGGUCCAGGAUCAUCAGAACAACUUCAGCUUGGGGGCUGCUUCUCAGGAGCAGGUACUCUCGGGCCUGGAGCAGGUCCGUCAGCAGCUGACCUGGAUCAACACCUCCCUGGCUGCCCUGUGCAGACCCUGCCCCUGGGGCUGGGAGGCAUUCCAGGGAAACUGCUACCUCUUCUCUCGGACCCUGGGCAGCUGGGAGAAUGCCGUCUCCUCCUGCCGGGACAUGGGGGCCCACCUGGUGAUCAUCAACAACGCUGCAGAGCAGAGAUUCCUGAGGUACUGGGACAUCAGAAAGAGCCAGCGUACCUGGAUCGGCCUCAGUGACCACAACAAUGAAGGUUCCUGGUACUGGGUGGACAACACCCCUCUCCAGCUCAGCUACUGGAAAGAGGGGGAGCCCAACAACGCCGGAGACGAGGACUGCGUGGAGCUCUUCGUGGAGGACUGGAACGACAGCAAGUGUACCGCCCAGAACUUCUGGAUCUGCGAGCGGCCCUCCGCCCGCUGCCCUGGCGCCUGAGCGCCCUGCUCCCAGUCCACGGAGAUGGAGCCAGUCGGGGGCGCUCCGCUGGCUGUUCUCCAGCCCUGUCCCUUCGCUGCCUGCUGGUCCUGCUGAUGCCUUUGCAUCUGACAGAGAGCCCUGAGACUCCCUCCCUGCAGCCCGGCCCUCCACAGGGCACCGCUCAGGCCUCUGCUUGCAGGGAAGGCCUGGGCACCUCCGCCCAGCCGUGACACCACUUAGCUAAGUCACACGCGGGCGGAGGUGCGGCUCAAGGGGAAGCGCUUGCCUGGCAUCAGGGAAGCCCUGUGUCCCAGCCCCGGCUCUGCAAAAACUGAAAUAAAGCAAGUUCACACGA